ACUCUUCCUGUUGAACUCAAGACAGUGGUCUAGAUCAUGAGGCUGACUUUACCAUCGGAAACAGAAAGAAGGAAAAGAGAGAGAACUCAGCAAGUUGCUUAAAAAUAUUUCAUGACUUCAUUGUGGCUAAGUGUGGAGGUCAGUUAGGACUUCUGGGGACCUACAGAUUGGUGCUGAAGAUUUUAGCUACAGUCUUGGUUAUUUGAAGUUUAGCAAUGGAGUCAUUCUCUGCUGAGACCAACUCAACUGACCCACUCUCCCAGCCUUUGUAUGAACCCCAAAUAAUUCUCUCCAUGGUCAUUCUUGGCCUCACUUUUUUAUUAGGAUUGCCAGGCAAUGGGCUGGUGUUGUGGGUGGCUGGCCUAAAGAUGCAGCGGACAGUGAACACAGUUUGGUUUCUUCAUCUCACCCUGGCAGAUUUUCUUUGCUGCCUCUCUUUGCCCUUCUCCCUGGCUCAUUUAGCUCUCCAUGGAUACUGGCCCUAUGGCAGGUUCCUGUGCAAGCUUAUCCCCUCCAUCAUCAUCCUCAACAUGUCUGCCAGUGUCUUCCUGCUUACUGCCAUUAGCGUGGACCGAUGUCUGAUGGUACUCAAGCCAAUCUGGUGUCAGAAUCAUCGAAGAGUGAGGACAGCCUUCGCUAUUUGUGGAUGUAUUUGGAUGAUGUCUUUUGCAAUGUGUAUUCCUGUGUUCAUGCACCGGGAAACAUUCACUGUAGACGAUUAUAAAAUGUGUAUAUACAAUUUUGAUUUAACCAGCUCAGAUUAUUCGGAUUACACCUAUGAUCCAGAUGAAUUAGAAAAUGGGUCUUUCACCAACUCCAUUGUUCAGCAGCCUGGAAAAAUGGAUGAUAAGUUAAAUUCUUCCUCUUUCCAAGCAAACAAUUAUCCUUGGACAGCCCCCACCAUCCUCCAAUCUCAAACACUUCGAAGACAUUCUGGAGAUUUGAUCCCUGGGGAGUCAGCAAGAUUAUCCAGUCAACAUCCAUCUUACAAUAAUUUUAAGCCUCCUAAUAUUUCAUCUGCAAGCCCCAGUGGGUUUCUCACUGAAGAUCAUAAAACCGAUGUACUGCAUAGCCCUAAUAAUUUUCUUCCUACUGAUUUAGACCUCUACCCCAGGGCUUAUAGUGAUAACUUAUAUGAACCUGAGGAAUCACAAGAUUUCCAGGAUUAUAAUUUAAGCCAAUUUCCUGGUGACAGUCAAGUGCAAAAAACUAUGAUGAUAAUAACCAUUACAAGGUUAGUGUUGGGUUUCUUGCUGCCUUUUAUUAUCAUAGUGUGCUGUUACAGCAUCAUCGUUUUUCGAAUGCGACGAAGCCAACUGACAAAGUCUCGGAACAAAACUUUCCGAGUGACCGUGAUGGUGGUGACUGUAUUUCUUGUCUGCUGGACCCCAUACCAUAUUGUUGGAGUCCUAUUACUGGUUAUUAACCCAGGAUCUUCCUUGAGAGGAACUCUAUUAUCCUGGGACAAUGUGGCCCUUGCUCUAGCAUCUGCCAAUAGUUGUUUCAAUCCCUUCCUCUAUGCCCUCUUGGGGAAAGAUUUUAGGAAGAAAGCAAAGCAGUCUGUGAAGGGUAUUCUGGAGGCAGCCUUCAGUGAGGAACUCACACACUCUACCAGUUGUUUCCAAAACAAAGUCUUUACAGAAAGAAACAGCAUCAGCACAGGUGUGUGAAAAUACAGAGCAACCUACCCAAGUAGAUGUCUUUAGGUGAGUAUUUGUAAAAGAAUGAGGGAUUAUGACAAGCAGGAGACUUCAGAAAUCAUCAAAUAAUCAAUCUAGCAAUUCUCAAAGUGUGGUCUCAAAUUACUGGCAUCAGCAUCUACUGGAAUGGAAACUUGUUAGAAAUUCAAUACUCAAGGUUCCAUGGAUGAAUCAGAAUCUCUGGGAGAUGAGGCCCAUUGUUUUAACAGGCCCUCUUGCUUCUCAUUAACACCAAAUUGGAGAAUCAUUAUAAAAAUUAGUGUAUUUCUAUCCCUAAGCCAUGUGAGAUAAAUAAGAAUCUAGUCUUUUUGUGUGUGUGUGGGGGGGGGGGGGGGUUUACAGGGAAUUUAGCCCAGAGGUGCUUUACCAGUGAGGUAUAUUCUCCCAGCCCCCAAUUUUUUUUUCUUGAGACAGGGUUUUAUUAAAUUGCUUAGGGCCUCACUAAUUUGCUGAGGCUGGCUUUGAACUUGCAGUCCUCCUGCCUCAGCCUCCUGAGUAACUGAAAUUAAAGGCAUGCACUACCAUGCCCAGCCUACUCUAUUUUUAACUGUUUCCAUCACUAAGUUUUUUCUUUAGCAUUAUCUAAAUCCUUUUCCAUAUUACCAACCUAAGACCAUUUCUUCUUGUCUUACAUGAAUGGAAGAUAACCACUUAUUCUAUAUGGCUUUGUUAUGAUGUUGGUGGUGACAGUUUUCAAUGAAAAUAAGUUGCAGAAAGAAAAAGCAUGUGAAAACAAGGAGUUAUGCGCCUGAGUCUGGAGCAGAGUACAAUGCCAGAUGUCUGCUGCUGGGAAUACCCCUGAUACAGGAUACAGGAAGUCAAAGUUUCCAAGAUUACCACUAAAGAGCAUCUAGAAUACAUCUAAAAACUUACUUAUGAAAUAUCAUGGAAACUGUGGUUUGGGGAGUUCUCUAUUUGUUGAUUCUAUCUGCCUACUGAUAAAACCAUCUAUCUUCAUUCCUUUUUAAUUUCUUAAUUCCUUAUUGUUCCCCUGCCUCUUAAUCUUCUUUCACAUAAGACUUUGUGCUUCACAUAACUCCUGAUUCUUUAAGGUUCUAAUUAGUCUGCUUGCCCCAAAUUAAUAGUUUUCAAGGAACUCAUUUCAAAUGAAAGGAGGAAGAGAAGGGAGGAUGGAGCAGCAUAUCUUUGAUUCACUGAAAAAUGACUGAGAACCCUGACAGGAAUACCAUCAAAAAAGUGUUUUAAACAUGGCUCCAGGUCUCUUUCAUGCCCAAAUUACCAGAUAUAGCUUUUAAGUAUCUAUUAUUAUUUUACUACCAGGGAUUGAAACCAGAGGUGAUUAACCACUGAGUCACAUCCACAGCCCUUUUUAUUUCUGGAGAUAGGAUCUCUUGAAGUUGGUUAGGGCCUCAGUAAGUUGCUGAGGCUUUUGAAUACACAAUUCUCCUGCCUCAGCCUCCGGGGCCCCUGGGAUUACAGGGGUGUGCUACCAUGCCCACCAGCAUUUAAGUUUUUAAAAUUAAUCUUUAUAUUUACCAAGUAAUAGUAAUAUACACAUUUAAUUAUUAAAGAAUUUAAAGAUUAUAAUAAAAUGAGGCCUUCUAUUCCAUUGCCCAAUAACUCGCAACUCCCACUUUCAUUUCCCAGAGAUAACCCUUGUAACAAUUUUAGAUAUUUCUCCUGAUAUUGACCAUGUUCCUAAGUAAUAUGCUUUUGCAGCUGUUUUUGUAGACAUGAUAAAAUGACUUCUUGUUUUAAAAGAUGAAGGUUUUUAUCCAGAUAUCUUCCUAUUUCUAAAAUAGUUUAUUCAACAUGCCAACUUUCAUAAUUUGCUCACGAUCACAAAUUUUUCUUCUAAUUUGCCUAUAUAUUCCAACAACUUAUAUAGCUUUCCUUAUUUUUUUUAAAAAAUUUAUGAACACAUAUUAAUUGUACAUAUUAAUGGGGUUUGCUGUGCUAUUUCCAUACAUGCAUACAGAAUGCACUGAUCAAAUCCAACCACUCUUUUCCCAUCACACCCCCCCACCACACCUCACACACACACCCUUCCCAAUUUCUAUAGUAAUUAUAACUUUCAUAUCAACUUUUUAACCACUACCUAUGAGACAGAAUAUGUAGUACUUGUCUUUCUAUGCAUAGCUUAUUUCCCUUAACAUAAUGUCUUUCAGUUCCAUUCCAUUUUGCUGCAAAUGACAGGAUUUCAUUUCUCUUUAUGACUGAAAAAUACUCUAUUGUAUAUGUAUACCACAUUGUCUUUAUCCAUUCAAUUGUCAAUGGGCAUCUAGACUGAUUCCAUAUCUUAGCUAUUGUGAAUAGUACCACAGUAAACCUUCUUUGGUUUUUAAAAAGCAUUUUUUCAAUUCCUGCCACCUUUUCUUUCCUCUGUGUAUUUCAUCAUGUUAAACCUUUGAAAUUUUGGCUUGUUUGUACUACAACAUAGCAUUUUAUUUUAUUUUUUAAGCAAAGCUUUUCUUCAUUUAAAAGGGGAGGGCGAAAAACAACAAAACUAUACAGUAAUCUUUCCUCAUGUUCAUUGCACAAAAUGAGUUCUACUAGAACUUUGACACUCUGGUCAUUUUUACAGUUUUAAAUCUCAACUUUAAAAAAUGUUUUCCUAUUCCAAAAAUCUCUCAUAACUUUUUUUUAAGAUGGUGUAGAAACAGUAUUUCUGCACAAUUCAUUGGAAUUUUCUUUGUUAUUAAAAUAUCUUCUCUCAUAGCAUUUUAGACUUUUAAGAAUGAUUUGCUCAAUAAUUAAGGUAAGGGUCUAGACUACAAAUUUGUUGUAAAAUACUGUGCAGAAAAAUUUCAAACCACUUGGAAUUUUUUGUUUGUGAGGAAAUAAUGUCUGACCUGAUGUAAGAUUUGCAGUAAUAGCUUUUCAAUUUAAUUUGCUUAUGUAUUUCAUGUGAAUAAAUUUUUUUGCCCCUGG